AUGAAGCUUGUGGGGGGGACUGUGUUUCUUUUCCUAAUUAUGAUUGCCAGUUAUUAUCAGAUAUCUCUGCAUAUGAUUUCGGAGAGUACAAGGCAACGCAGCGAAGAGGAUAAUAUCGAUUGGGUUCAAGAGGAUGCUAGUAUGAAAGAAACUGAAGACAGAACAAAUUCAGAUCAGAAGGACACGAGUGUUGAUCAUAUCUCGCAGUUACCUGAUCAUAUCAUCCAUCACAUUCUAUCACACCUUCGUAAUGUGAAAGAUGUAAUUCGAACCAGUAUUUUGUCCAAGAAAUGGAGAGCAUUAUGGUAUUCUUUUUCCGUUUUGAUUUUUGAUGAACGGAAAUUUGCUGCAGAAAUUGGACAUGAAGAUGGCAGCAAUAUGGAGUCGAUGUUUAGAAAUUAUGUAACCCAUGCUCUACUUAAACACGAUGCAAAAAAGUCACACCUACAGAAAUUGGUGGUGCACAUGAUCGCCUUUGACUUAUUACAAGAUACCGAUUAUCUGGACCUUUGGCUAAGUAUCGCUAUCUGCAGAAACAUCAAAGAACUAGAUCUUCAUAUUGGCAUCAAGAAUAAUAAGCGCUAUACUUUAACAUCAUGUGUCUUUUCAUCCAAAGCAUUGACCGGGAUGAGGUUAAGUGGUUGUGAACUAACAUCUGAUAAUGUAACACUUCCUAAUCUGCAGAAGCUUUAUCUGCACAAAAUUCCAUUGGUUGAGCACUUCAUUCAAAACCUUAUUUCCGGCUGUCAUUCAAUUGAGGAUUUAAGAUUCAUAAAAUGCUCAGGUUUGAAGCAUUUGCAAGUUUCAAAUCUAUCUAAACUUAAAAGGGUUGACAUCCACCACUGCACUCAACUGAAGAAGGUUGUGAUCAAUGCUCCUAAGCUUGAGACAUUUUGGUAUUGCGGCAAGAAAACAACUCAUUGUAAAGUUAGUUUGGAGGAGUGCACAUCUCUGAAAAGGCUGACACUAGAGCAUCCCCAAGUGACUCGUGAUUUUUGUGAAAAUCAGUUAUCCAAUUUUCCUGUACUUGAAAAAUUGCAUUUAAGUAUGUCCAAUAAUAAGAGUAAAUACGUUAUUAUUUCAAAUCCGCAUCUUCAGAAACUCACUUUAAAAGGUUGCCAGAAAUUGAGAAAUGCUGUAAUAGAUGCCUCUAAUCUUGUGUCUUUUGAGUGCAAGGGUGAGACUAUGCCGUGGGUUGAGGUUCACCCUCUCUCCUUCACUUAUGCCAAGCUUUAUUUUGUAUCUAAACCUGGACAUAGAGUUGUUGGAUAUGGCGACAAGAUUUGGAUAAGUGUGAAAUCAUUUAUUGAAAAGUUCAAUCCCGAAGAAUUUAAAUUGAUUCUCUACUCUAAUAAGAACAUUGUUAUUCAUGAAGAUUUGAACAACGUCACGUUACCGCCAAUGCCUGACCUCGGUUGUGAAAUUAUCAAAUCAUCAGCAUGUAUGGAUGAUAUUUUGUUUAGUUUGCUGCGAGCAUUGCACCCAGUGACGCUGUCAAUAAUAUCUUCCCCCGACAGUAAAUUCCCUAAGUCUGUCUAUGAAAUGAUAAAAAUCAAAGACGAGGACCCAAACUGUUGCAUAUAUAAUGCUUCUAACAAUAAAUGUUGGCGGCACUUCCUGAAGGAUGUAAACUUUGAGGAUUUAAAUCAUGUAAAGUUUGAAGACACCGAAGUGAGUAAAGAAGAUAAAAGGACUUCUACUUGGUAUAAUUGGUUGCAGUCUGAGUAUGCGACAUUAAAGUGUCAAGUGACUAGUCUUAGAUUGAGUUGGAAUUCUCGUCAACAACAUGCCCUCUAG